UUUUUAAUAUAGUUCUCGCCACUCAGAACCAAUACAGCAAUGUCGCUACUUGCUGCCGCUCACUUAAUCGUUCUACUGAAUUGUUGGAAAUUGACCACAUCCAAAACCAGUGAGAGAAUCGUUGGCGGAUAUAUUGAUAGGAUCGAGAACGUUCCCUACACAGUUUCUUUGAAUAAAAUACAUUUUGGUCACUUCUGUGGCGGCAGCCUAGUGACUUUCGAUUGGAUUGUGACGGCAGGUCACUGCGUGUGGGAUAAAAAGCCUGCCGAAAUUUAUGUCCGUGCAGGAUCCAGCUACAAGAACAAAGGCGGUAAAAUUCGAAAAGUGAAAAAGAUUAUCGUACAUCCACUGUACAAAAAAAUAGUUGACGUCCCGUUAGACUACGACAUUGCGUUGUUGCAAUUAAAUAGACCUUUCCCGAACGAUAGCGAUUUUAUUGAUUGUAUACGUGUAGCGAGAUUUUACAAGGCCUCCGACACAUGUAUCGUCUCUGGCUGGGGAACUACAAAGGAAACUGAUGGCCAGUAUCAGCUAUUGAAGAGUGCAACGGUUAAAGAAGUGUCCGGCUACACAUGUCAACAGAUACUUUAUCGAAAAAUCAUUACAAAGAAUAUGAUGUGUGCCGGAGGACAUGAAGACGACGCAUGCCAAGGAGAUUCAGGAGGGCCAUUGGUUUGCUUUGGAUUACUGAUGGGUGUGGUGUCUUGGGGGGAAGGAUGUGCGACCUUGGGUAAACCUGGAGUUUACACCUACGUCCCUGCAUUGUGGGAGUUCAUCGCUUCUUAUGCUCUCCUGGAUCAAAGUGAUAAAACAAAUGCUAAUGGAUCUUUAAGACAAUUGGAAAUUUAUCCAUCAUUUUCAUUCAAUCCCACCAACAUUUCAUCGACAGAAAAUCCUGCACCUGUAGAAACCACAUCUGAUUCUAACUUAGGACAAAAUGAGUCUUAUGCCUGAAUAAGGUCAAAAUUAUUUCGUUGAUUUUCGUUCGAGAUUAUAAUGAUUCAGUAGAACAAUUCAUUAAGUAAUCAGGUUGCUUUACUACUCGAUCAAUUAUAGUUUUAGUUGUUAGAACAAAGCUGAAACGAUUUAACCUAAAACCAAAAGAUAAGACAAAAACGUGCGAAAGUACGUGAAAAUUUUGUUUCAUCAAUUCCAAUAAACAAUCUUGAUCUUUCCAA